AUGGGUGCCCGACCUUUUCUUUGCCAACGAGAAACACGCGUGGAGACACGAUAUUACGACCCCCAACGUCCUGGUGCGAAUAUCACCGUCCGGAGAUGUGCUUUAUUCACAAAGUACAGGAUCAAGCUGAAGCUGGCCUGUCUGUAUGACUUCUUAAAGUUCCCCAUGGACAACCAGACGUGUAAAAUAGAAAUGCGCAGCUACGCGUACACUACUGACGAACUGAAUUUUAUAUGGAGUACGGAUCCAAUCCAGCGACCGCACGACCUCUAUCUGCCAGAAUUUUCACUAAAGAGGGGAUCGUCAAAGUAUUGUCAGAGCAAAACAGUAACAGGAGAAUACACUUGCAUCUACGCCGAAUUUGGCCUCAUCAGAGACAUUCAAUUUUAUAUCCUCGACAUCUACAUCCCAACAAUAACCCCCGUGCCACGCCCGCCCGCGUGUCGAUAG